AUGAGCAAGCUUUGGGAGUUUUUUAUACAAGAUGACGUCGAGAGCUUUCAACGGCUCCUCGCCCCGGUCCCGAAAGGGCCGCGAUCGGAUGUGAACGCUCGAGAUCACCAUGGUAGGACGCUGCUACACCACGUCGCUUCGUCACCGAAACCUACCGCUAUCAACUUCGCGCGUGCGCUACUCGAAGCCUACCCUACCCUCGAUAUCUAUGCACAGGACUGGGAAAGUGGAUGGACAGCUUUACACAGGGCAUUGUAUGCCGGGAAUGCCUCAGUCGCGCGGGCAUUGAUGAUCCGCGAUAACGAGUCGGAUUUCGCUAGACUAGGGAACAACAAAUUCGUCCACCAUCAGAGCGGGACCCUGAUCAAAAUCAAGGACCGCGAAGGUUACUCUCCAUUUGACGUCUAUGGUGCGACAAUCACCUCUCGCGAUAUCAAACAAAUACUGUCCAAGAUCCCCCGUGAUUUGGAGAAUGACACGGCUUCCAACGCUGCGUCUCACAAUGAAGAGGAAGAGGAUGACGGUUCCGGUUCCUUUCUGCGGGUCAUUUCGAGGAGUUUCGGGACAGACUUCUCGGCUGAUGAGAUCUUCACGUUUGGCAGCAACAAAAACUUGAAUCUCGGGCUUGGUGAUCAGGACGAUCGGCAGUUUCCCGAGCGUAUCGCCAUCCAGCGCCCCGAUCAUCUUCUUGAUCGCUUCUAUCGUGAAUACCAGGAUCGAAUGGAGCACCUGGAAAUGGAGGAUCUGCUCCAUACAUCGGAUGAGAUACCGACCGUGAUCGCAAACAAGCCUAUGAAAUUCCGCAAUGUAGUCAUGUCGAAGCUACAUACUGCUAUCAUGACGGAUGAUCCAGAAGCAAACCUUUUCAUGUGUGGGUUUGGUCCUGGUGGCCGCCUUGGAACCGGCGACGAAUCCACAAGGUUUGAUUUCGUUUGUAUCGAGGGUGGUGGGCUAGCAGGCAAGGCAGUAGUGUCGGUCGCCUUGGGCCAAGACCAUAGUCUCGCCAUCACCGAUACCGGCGAGAUCUUCAGUUGGGGAAGUAACACAUUCGGCCAACUCGGCUACAAUCUGCCGCGGACGAGCAAUCGGAAUGAUGUACCCAUCCAGACCACUCCUCGACAGAUCUUCAAUGCUUUUAAGAGAGAGAGGAUAAUGGGUGCCGCGGCAUCAGCCAUCCAUUCAGUGGUUUUCAGUGAUUCUGGUCUCUAUACAUUUGGCAAGAACGAGGGCCAAUUAGGACUUGUCGACUCUGAUGCAAGGUCUCUUGAGGUUCAAAUAACCCCUAGACGUGUGGGAGCGUCUCUGUUUCAAUGCCCCAUCCAGACCGUAUCUGCCAUUGACCGCGCCACGGCCGUCCUUCUGCAGAAUCACGAAGUCUGGGUGUUCUCGCAAUAUGGAUACUCAAAGCUCUCUUUCCCGCUGGAGGCUAGCUCGAGCUUUAUUCGCGAAAGCUUUAUGGCCACGCGAUAUGACCAUUCAGUCAAUCAUGUGGUCAAACUUGCCAGCGGAGGCAACACAAUCAGUGCUUUGUCUAGUUCCGGAGAGGUCUUUACUGUUGAGGUCAACAAAGCAGAAAACCCCGAAACAUCAACAUCCACGACGAACCCGGCCAAAAUCAGAAAUUCAUUGGCCUCUCCUUUGAGGGCGUGGUCCGUGAAAAAGUCGCAUAUGGCAGCAAGCGAUGUAGACCUUGGAGAAAAAGAGAAACGAACCAAGCGUAAGGACGGUUCCUCGAAAGACUACAAAUUCGCACGUAUUCCAGGGCUAUCUCGGGCUGUUGCUGUGCGUAGUAAUGCAUAUGGUGCCUAUUCUGUCGCGCAACGCGAUUGCGAUGUGACUCGGGACCAAGUACACAUUGGUCGUAGCACUCUUUGGGACGACCUGCUACCACUUUCACCUUUCCUUACCCCUGGAAUCGAAGAAAUCGACUUGGUUCUUGCAAAUGAUGUUACAGAUGACCCAAUCCCACUUCCAGCAGGGGCCAUGAUCAAACGAGCUCUUAUUCUCUCACCAGAUAUUGAAAGUCAGUUUCUGUCUCUUCAGACCACGGGCACUAUAUGGCUCACAGCCUCGGAUUCUGAACAACGCAUUCCUGCACAUCAAUUUCUUCUUGCGGGUCGCAGCCCUGUCCUCCGAAAGGCGCUCCACGAAUUUCGGGAAUCAUAUUAUUCAGCUGUGCCCGAUCUUCUUGAUAUUGAGUACGACAAAGAUGGACAGACGCAAAUCCGAUUCCGAGGAGUCGAUUUCCUGACUGUGAUGAAUCUGGUAUUUUUCCUCUACACCGAUGGAAUUCUUGAUGUAUGGCAUCUCGCGAAGACUUCUACCAAAAACGCAGCUCGUUACCGCCAGGUACGCAACGAAGUUAUGCGGAUUGGCUCACAACUUGCUCUGCCGACACUCGAACGUGCUGCCAGAUUAAUGGUCGAACCUCAACGAAGCCUGAAAAAGGACAUGGCACAUGCCAUCAACCAUGCUUCUUUCUUCGAUGAUGCAGAUGUGAUUGUUCAGUUGAAGGGCGGUUCUCUCAAAGUGCACAGCCAAGUGAUUUGUCAAAGAUGCCCUUUCUUUGAGGCUCUGUUCCAUGGCCGCUCGGGUGGUAGGUGGCUAGAGUCCCGCCGGUCAUCUGAAAAAGUACAUGUCGACUUGAAACACAUCGAUCGAUCGAUCUUCUAUUUCGUCUUGCGUUAUGCAUAUUCCGAUGCGGAUGAACAUCUGUUCGAUCAAGUGCGCGUAAAGACAAUCGAUGAUCUAAUUGACUUGUUCUUAGACGUAAUGUACGUCGCCAACGAGUUGAUGAUCGACCGAUUAUCACAGAUUUGCCAAAAUAUGAUUGGUCGAUUUGUCAACACGCGGAACAUAUCAUACCUUCUCAACUCGGUUGCCCCCAUUUACAUGACUGAGUUCAAGGAAGCGGCUUUGGAGUAUAUCUGCCUUGAUCUGGAAACUAUGCUUGCGAACAAAUAUCUGGAUCUCGACGAUGACCUACUCGGGGACCUUGACUUGGUUUGUCACGAAAAUCAAUUGGCCUGCUUCCCGAUCUCUCGAGGGCGCAACUCCGAGGGAUACGUUUUUGAGAAGUACCCGGAGAUCGUCAGCUCGGUCGAGACGGAUAAACAACGACGCAUCGAUGCGAUGGCUCUACAAACCCGCUUAGAUCAUAGAGAAUCCGAUGACAUGCGACCACGCCAGACUGCGGGUGAUAAAACACCCUCUUCCGCGAGGAAGGGCAAAGCCAGCACGCCCAAAGUCCUUCACAGUUCCGCAGCCAGUCCCAUGCUGAAACCGAGACAAUCCAGUGGUGAUCUGAUGUUCCAGAUGGACGAGGAAGCAGUUUCAUCUAGUGACUUGUCCAAGGGUAAAGCUGCUUUGCGUGGCAUGAGCUUGGCUGACAAUUCAUACCCUAAUUCGCCCGCUCUUGGAGCAAGCAUCCCCGAAUCGAUUGAGGAGAGGAACUUCCUAGAUACCCAAAUGUCUUCACCGCGGGACACACUACUGGCAGAGUCCCCGACCGAGUCAAGGGCCAUUGCGCUUCAUCAAAAACGUUCCUUAGUAUCACCUUCAGGGACUUCGGUUCCCUGGGGCUCCCCGGGGAUACCCAGCAGCAAAAAGGACCUCAAAGACAUCAUGGGAGAAAGUUCACAAUCUCGAGUUUCUAAUUUGACCUUGGGCAUGUCUAGUCCUCGCGAGAGCAGCAGCAAAUCCACCCAGAAGGUUUCCCAAAGAGAUCGGAAGAAGAUACAACAACAGCAGAUGCAAGAAAUGCUAGCUGCGCAGGAAAAGGCCAAAGAAGUGUCGCAGAAUCCGUGGCAAUUGCCCUCGCCAGCUACCCCUGGUACUCCAACCAAAGAUCCUCUUCCCGGCCAAAAGAUUACCAGCCCAUCCGUUUCCGACCAAAAGCCUGCCCAGAGACCAGCAAUGACCAUGCGCCAAACUGUUGCCGGGACACCUCCCCCGAGAUCGAAGCCAGUCGCCACCCCAGUAAAGUCCCAAAGCCGCACUGUUUCAGCAAGUAUUCAAACAUCCGUCUCCAGGCCCUCGCCUUCUUCUCACAAUUCCAUACCAAAGGAAUCUCCUCAGCCUCCUGUUCAUUCAAUCCGACACAUCCCACGCCCCGACCCGCAUGCGGGAUCCCGCUCCCCUUCCGCUGGAUCCUUCUCGUUAGCAUCUAUUCUCCACCAGCAACAAACAGAAAAGGAUGAGAUUCGAGAAGCAGCCAAUGCGAAGCACAAUCUCGACGAGAUCCAAGCCGAGCAAGAGUUCCAGCAGUGGUGGGACCAAGAGAGCAAGCGUAUCCAAGGCCUUUUGGAUCCCGAGCCCUCCCAGCCAGAGCAACAGCAGGGGAGCCAGCAGCGUGGCAGUGGAAAGAGUGGACGCGGUGGCAAAGGCCCCGGCCCUGGUACACCUGGUAGCUCGCGCAAGCGUCGAGGUAAUAAGACUUCGGCACCAGAAGCCAUCAACUCCCAGGGCCAGAAGCAAGCCGCGCCCACUCCGAAAAAAAAUGCAAAUGGUCACGGAUCAACGCAGCCUCGUGACACAUCUGCUGGAAAUCAUGUUCCUGGAAAGAAUCCCCGUCGUGGUGGACAACGCGGCAGGGGUAAAGACCGGGGUAAUUCGGCUUGA